AUGAGCGCCGAACGUGACUGGAGACAGACCGUCGCGGCGAAGCAGCAGCAAAGGCAGUCAGCCGUAGAUGCCUUCAUCGCCGAUCAAGAUCCGGCCUUGACAGAGAAAAUCACGGCAAUUGACGAUGUCGUCGUUCUAUCGAAGCUGUUGGCUACGGGAGAAUUAAAGAGCGAAGAUGUGACAAAGGCAUACAUUACAAGCCUCACGGAGGUGCUAUUCUCCGAAGCUAUUCAGGACGCCAAAAGGCUGGAUGAGUAUCUUCAAGAGAAUGGAAAACUCAUUGGCCCCCUCCACGGAGUCCCAGUGACGCUCAAGGACCAGUUCAACGUCAAGGGCUAUGAUACCACGCUUGGAUACACGGUGAGGGCACUCAAGCCUGUUUCUGAGGAUGCUGCGCUAGUCAAAAUGUUGCGAUCAAUGGGUGCUGUCAUCAUAGCCAAGACAAACGUCCCUCAAAGUGUUAUGUGGGGAGAAACGGACAAUCCGCUUUAUGGAUUGACUACGAAUCCCUUGAACGCAGACUACACUCCAGGAGGUUCAACCGGUGGUGAAGGCGCGGCAUUAUACAUGAAGGGCAGCAUCUUGGGGUGGGGAACAGACAUUGGCGGGAGUAUUCGUAUUCCCAGCCACAUGAUGGGUCUCUACGGUCUCAGAUGUAGUAACUCGAGAUUGCCGCACUGGGGAUGUCUUGUCUCGACAGAUGGCCAAGAACAUUCGCCGUCAACCGUUGGCCCGCUCGCUCGCUCUCUUUCCACCAUCCACCAUGCCACGAGAGAAAUCAUUCUCCAUGAGCCCUGGCAGAGCGACUACAAUGUCUCACCUGUCGCAUGGCGGCAGAACAUGUAUGACGAAUAUUCUUCUAGGAAACUGACAAUCGGCCUUUUUCUCGAUGAUGGCAUAGUCAGGCCUCAUCCGCCAAUCACCAGAGUGUUACAGCAGGCAGCAGCAGCUCUUAGAGCCGCAGGCCAUGAAGUCAUUGACUGGCCACGGGAUCUCCAUGCCGAAUCCAUCGAAUUGAUUGACGAGUUGUUUGUCGUCGACGGCGGACAAGACAUUCGACAAGAUGUAGAGGCAGGAGGAGAGCCAUUUAUACCCGCUAUAGAAAGCCUCGUCAACGCGGGCCCUGCCAUCUCCGUGUACGACUACUGGCAGCUCAACAAGCGCAAGGCCGCCCUACGACAAGCUCACCUCGAAAAAUGGAAAUCCGUCAAGUCUCCCGCAACGGGGAGGACCGUGGACGCGAUAUUGAUGCCCGUCAUGCCUCACUCGGCAGUCCCGCACCAAGCAAGCCGAUACACGGGCUACACCAAGAUAUGGAACUUGGUUGAUUAUGUGGCGCUUGCCGUUCCGGGAGGCAAAGUUGAGGCUCGCGAUUGCGACGCGCAGUGGGAUUAUGCUCCGCGGAAUGAGACGGAUGAGUGGAUAGGUAGUGUUUGGAGGGAUCGUAAGGGGGAGAUGGCUGAGAUGGGGCUUCCGGUUGGGGUACAGAUUGUUGGAGGGAGGUUGGAAGAAGAGAAGGUAUUGGCGAUAGGCAAAAUUUUGGACGACUUGUUGAGGGCGUAG